CUUCCGCCCCUCACACGCUCACUGCGCACCCGAGAAGACGUCGAGAUGAGUCUGCAGCCGCCGUCGCUCGCCAUGCGCUCCAAGUCGCCGUCCGGCGGCUCCACCAAGGCCGUCAUUCUGGUCGGAGGCCCUUCUCGCGGAACCCGGUUCAGGCCGCUGUCCAUGGAGCUGCCCAAGCCGCUCUUCCCCGUCGCCGGCCACCCCAUCAUCGAGCAUUGCUUCCGCGCAAUCACAGCCGUCCCCGACAUCAAGGAGGUCUUCAUCGUCGGCUACUACGAGGAGUCCGUCUUCCAGCCCUUUAUCAACAACGUGUCGACCAACUGGCCCUACCUGAGCGUCAAGUACCUCCGCGAAUACCAGGCAUUGGGCACGGCCGGCGGGCUCUACCACUUCCGCGAUGUCAUUCUCAAGGGCAAGCCCGAGAAGCUGUUUGUGCUCAACGCAGACGUCUGCUCGUCGUUCCCGCUCGCCGAGAUGCUCAAGCUGUUCGAGGACAAGGACGCCGAGGCCGUCAUGCUGGGCACACGGGUCGCCAACGAGGCCGCCACCAACUUUGGAUGCAUUGUCUCGGACGCGCACACGAAGCGCGUGCUUCACUACGUAGAGAAGCCCGAGUCGCACAUCUCCAACCUGAUCAACUGCGGUGUCUACCUCUUUGCGACCGAGUGCAUCUUCCCCGCCAUUCGCAGCGCCAUUAAGCGACGGACCGAGCGCCCACGGCUGCUGUCGUACCCCUCCAACGAGAACCUCGAGUCGUCCUUCUACCAGAACGAAGACGACGACGACAGCAAGGAGAACGCCGUCAUUCGCCUGGAGCAGGAUGUCCUGUCAGAUAUUGCCGACAGCAGGCAGUUCUUCGUUCUCGAGACAAAGGACUUUUGGCGCCAGAUCAAGACCGCUGGCUCCGCCGUCCCGGCAAACGCUCUGUACCUCCUCAAGGAGUUCCAGGCCGGCUCAGAAGAGCUCGCCGCUCCCUCUGCAAACAUCCUGCCCCCUGUCUACAUCCACCCCUCUGCUCAGAUCGACCCCACAGCCAAGAUUGGCCCGAAUGUGUCCAUCGGCGCCCGCGUCGUCAUCGGCGCUGGUGUGCGUGUCAAGGAGUCUAUUGUGCUUGAGGACUCUGAGAUUAAGCACGACGCAUGUGUCCUGUACACCAUUAUUGGCUGGCACAGCAAGGUCGGCGCGUGGGCUCGUGUUGAGGGUACACCAACACCCGUUACCAGCCACACAACCAGCGUCAUUAAGAAUGGCGUCAAGGUCCAGAGCAUCACCAUCCUCGGCAAAGACUGCGUUGUUGCAGAUGAGGUCCGUGUACAGAACUGCGUGUGCUUGCCAUACAAGGAGCUGAAGAGGGACGUUGCGAACGAGGUCAUCAUGUAAAUUGGUGUGGUGUCGACGGAUGCGAUUGAUCAAUGUUAAUGAAGGGGCAAUAUAGUCAUCCGUAGUGGACGACCAGGAAAAUGAUGCGUCUGAUGCCUCUGAUGUUACUGAAUGAAGCAAUAUACCACCAUCUAUGGGAAUUC